AUGGAUUCCAAGCCAUUGUCUGGGGUGUCACUAGCGGAAGCUAGUAACUUGAAUCUGGAUCCAUCUGUACAGCUGAGGUCCAAUAGCUCUAUACAAGAAAACUAUCCGGAUCCAGCUAAUGUAUACACGGAGCAACUAGGUCAUUCCCCAUCAGAGAGGGACACACUUCUCCCGCAGAGCCCUAAUUACAAUGCUACGAGUCCUUCCCAAGGUGCUGGCCGAUCACCUUUGUCGAAGAAGAAAAGAACGCGUUCACUACUUUCUACGGACAAGUUGAAGUCCUUAAACACGAAACUAGGAAAGUGGACCAGAGGGCUUUCAUACAAAUGGUGGAUAGUACGGUCAAAGGAUGUAGAAGGGCAGCCUAGUGAGAUCCUUUUCAGUGUUUUCAUGGCACCACCUUAUGUGCAGCCUCUUAGAAGACUUCCAGCGGGAGGGUUGAUGAAUAUGGGUCCAACUUCAAGAGAAGAUUUUGCACAUAUAGUAGAUGACGUUAUCGAUGCCAUAGAACAGGGGAUAAAACCAACUAGAAUUUCACAAGGCUCUUCAGGAUCAUAUUUUAUGUACAAUACGCAGGGGAAGAUAGUGGGAGUGUUUAAACCAAAGGACGAGGAACCGUAUGGACCCUUGAGCCCUAAAUGGACCAAAUGGAUUCAUCGAAACUUAUUUCCUUGCUUUUUUGGACGAAGUUGUCUAAUCCCUAAUUUGGGAUAUAUUGCAGAAUCUGCAGCGAGUCUUUUGGAUCGCCAGUUGCAGUCUUUUAUUGUUCCCUACACAGACACAGUGCUACUCUCGUCCAGUAGUUUCUACUACGCAUUUUGGGACAGGUGUACUCACGCUUGGUCUAAGAAGCCGUAUCGCAAGAAGGUGGGUUCAUUUCAGUUAUAUUUAAACGGAUACAUAGGAGCAGAUGAGUUCUUCAAAAAGUAUCCCUUGCCAGCUGACAAAGGAAGGAGCCUAUUGCCAUUUUUACCCGAUAAACACAAGAAGAAAAAAACUUCCAAAAAGAGACAAAGAGGUGAUACUAGACAUUCUAUUUUUGACAAAGACACUGUUUUUGAGUGGAAUAGGGAUACCUUACAACAAUUACGAGAACAGCUGGAAAAACUGGUAAUUCUGGAUUACAUCAUACGUAAUACAGACAGAGCUUUUGACAAUUGGAUGAUCAAGGUCGAAUGGGAUGAAUACUUAGAUGAAGAGGCGAACGAGGCUUAUAAGAGGCCGAACUUGAAAGUUAGAGCAAUAGACUCCGGGCUGGCAUUCCCUUGGAAGCAUCCUAAUGAGUGGAGAUCCUUCCCUUUUGGUUGGUUGUAUCUUCCAACAUCAGUGAUUGCAAGGCCUUUCUCAGAGAGAACCAGAAGGCAUUACCUUCCUCUUUUGACUUCCAAAGAGUGGUGGGAAGAAACUUCAGUGCUAUUCCGAGAAAUGUUUUCGAGAGAUACAGAGUUUAAGGAGAGAAUGUGGAGACGUCAAUGGGCCGUACUAAAGGGACAAGCUUUCAAUGUGGUUGAAACCCUUAAAAUUCCAGGUCAGAGCCCAUUAGAUCUUGUUCAAAAAACCAGAAUAAUGGUCUGGGAUAAUGUCGUGGAGAUCCCAGUUUCCUACGUUCCUAGAGACAUUGAUAUAUAUAAUGACUCUCCUGUUUGGACAUACCAAAAUUAUGAUGAAGAGUACUGGAGCUCCAACAUUGCUCACAACUCACCAGGAAGGUAUCAUGAACACGAACCAACCACACCAGAGUCUGAGUGUUUGGAUGAUCCCUUUUCUUCGGCUGCGUCCACUGAUCGUGGAGGUUACGCAAUUAGUUCAAAUGCAAAUACUCCUGGACGGGCCAACACUGAUUCCAUUCAAAAGCCGACCACGGCUACAAGAAGACUCAUCGUGGAGAGGUUAGAAACUAUCACUUCCAAACCACCUGUUUUCACCUGGUGUUAA